GUGGCCACCACGGCCAGUGCCCCGGUGACCCCAGUGACCCCCAGCCCGGUGGCCACCACGGCCAGUGCCCCGGUGACCCCGAGCCCCCCGCCCCAGCCCGUGUCCCCCGUGGUGCUGGCAGCUGAGGUGGCCCUGUCCCACGAGCCCCCGGCUGCCCUCCCGUGCCCCCCGUCACAGGGGUCACUGUCACAGCCCCCCAGGGAGGUCCCCGAGCCCCCUGAGGGGUGGGGGGACACGGCCACCGUCUCGUCCCCAGAGCUGCCGGACGUGUCCCACUCCCGCCCCGACUCCAGCCUCGACAGUGCCAGGGAGAGCCCCCCACGCCCCCCCGGGACCCCCAGCCCCCCCUGCGCCCUCGGGGAGGCGUCGGAGGAGGAAGAGGCAGAAGAGAAGGGGGAGGAGGAUGAGGAGGGUCCCGCUGCCCCCCCGCCGCUGUUCACGGCCUCGGAGCGGGAGGUGUUUGUGGGGACCCCCCCGGCCCCCCCCGAGCCGCUCCCACCACCCGGUGCCUUUUCGGGGCGCGGGGCCGGCCCGGGGGUCACCGCCCUGCCCCGGGGGGCCCUCGGGGACCUGCCCCCGCCCCUGCAGGAGCCCCCCACCCCCCGGCCGGGCCCUGAGCCCCCCGGCCCCACUGAGGGGGGCACCGAUGCCAAAGUCCCGGGGGAGGGUGGCCCCCUAAGCCCCCCCGGCCCCCCAAGAUCCCCUCCAGCUCCCCCUGAGCAGCAGCAGCAGCAGGAGGAGGAGGCGGUGGGGGGGGUCUCCUCCAGCCCCCUUCCCGCUGUGGGGGCUCAGCAGGGGCCCCCCCAGGAGCCGACCCCCCCCGAGCCCCCCCGCCCUGCGCCCCCCAAACUCAGCCAAGUGCCUCCUCCCGCCGCCGUGUCCCUGCUGGCCCCGGCCCCCCCCGGGCCCCUCCCCGGCCAGGACCCCCCCCCGGGGCUGCCCCCCUCCAGGAAGCACCUCGAAGGGUCCGGGAACGAAUCCGAGAGCAACGACGAGUCCAUCCCGGAGCUGGAGGAGCCCGAGGGCUCGGAGCCGCCCCCCGCCCAGCCCCAGGUGCCCCUGGGCCACGCGCUCGGCCCCGGAGAGGAGCCGCUCAGCAAGGCCAAGCAGAGCCGGAGUGAGAAGAAGGCGCGGAAGGCCAUGUCCAAGCUGGGGCUGCGGCAGAUCCACGGCGUCACCCGCAUCACCAUCCGCAAGUCCAAGAACAUCCUGUUCGUCAUCUCCAAGCCCGACGUGUUCAAGAGCCCCGCCUCCGACAUCUACAUCGUCUUCGGGGAGGCCAAGAUCGAGGACCUGUCCCAGCAAGUGCACAAAGCGGCGGCCGAGAAGUUCAAGGUGCCGCUGGAACACUCGGCCCUGGUGACAGACGCGGCCCCCGCCCUCGCCAUCAAGGAGGAGAGCGAGGAGGAGGAGGAGGUGGACGAGACGGGGCUGGAGGUGCGGGACAUCGAGCUGGUGAUGGCCCAGGCCAACGUGUCCCGCCCCAAAGCCGUGCGGGCCCUGCGGCACAACAACAACGACAUCGUCAACGCCAUCAUGGAACUGACCAUGUAGCGGCCGGGGCUGGCCUGGCCCCCCUGUAUAGAUGCACAGAGCCCCCCCCCAAAUCCUUCCUCCUGCCCCCCCCAUCCUCCUCCUCCUCCCCUGGACCGCUCAAUAAAGGCCUCCUGCACCCCUUGGAUCGCA